GCCGUGAUGUGGUGAAAUUUCCAUUGUGCGUUUAACAAAAAAUCUAACUGCAAUGGGCAACAAUAAUUCCACCCAGAAGUUACAGUUGCUCGAGCAAAAGGCUACGUCAAUUUAUGAAAGCUUCAACCUUUCUAACGGCCAGAUACGAAAGGAGGACUGUCUGGAGCUCCUCAAAAAAGUAUCGCAGGACGCCGUAAAGCUUAAGGGUGCGAAACGUAGCGCUGUCGACGCCCUCCUGAGCCUCAUAGAUGACUACCGACGUAAUAUCAUAUCAACGCAACAAAAUGAACGCAGAGUGUCCACCUUCACCGACAGUAGCAGUUUUGUAGCCCUGCCUUUGAACAGUCGCAAAAGUCGAGUUUCUAAAAACCUCGAGUUGAUCUCCAAAAGGAUGCUGACGACCCAACAACCCACCAUGAAAGAGAUUCAGAACAAAAUCCCUAGUCUCAAGCAAGAGAUCCAAACCGCCAUCAACAACAACAACGCCAGGUCGCUCAGAACUUUAGAAAGAACAAUCAAGCUUCUCUCAACUGAUCUACAAAUGAUACAAGUUACCCCUAUGACCCAAAUACAAGAAACCCACGAAGAUAUUCAGAAACAGCUCACAACUGCUUAUGCUCAAGUGACGAAAGCGUUGAAGGAGUUGUCCAGAAUUCCCGAGCACGACCAGAAGAGUUCCAUCAGAUCCGCUACCAAAAAGGAAUUAGAAACAAUGGAGAAAAACGUGGACGAACAGAACAUACUUCUAGAAACCGCCCUUAAAACCGAUAACUCUCUCCUACUCAAACAUGUGUUUGGAAAGAUUGAAGAGUUCAGUCAGCAGUUGGCGGCAUUAGAUGAUCAUCCGAAGAAGAAACGUUUGCUAGAUAAAAUUGAGAAUAUGAGGAUAAAAACAAACGACAGAUUGGAACGUUAUACAAUUGCGAAUCGUUUGUCCGAACAUGAAAAAGAUUUCAACACGAUAAAAAAGAAGAAACACGAUGAAGAAGCAAAAAAACUUAUGGAGAAUCUUCGUAGACACAUCGAAGACAUUCCAGAUAAAACCGAGGACACGAUCAAACGUAAAAAACGACUUUUGAAAGAAGUCAACGACUACAUUGUUCAACUAAGCAACGAAUUAGACGCGGAAGUAAAACUAAGAAAGUCUGACACGAUGCAAUCCAUGGAAGAUUUAUUAAAGACGUGGAAUGACAACAAGGAGGCAAUGAAGAAUGCAAGUAGCGUAGAUGAAGCUAAACACUUAUUUCAAACAUUGAACCAGUUCGAAAGUGCGAUAAGAGAAGUAAAGCAGUCAAUUGAGUCAAAAUUUAAUAUUAGAGAAGCCAGGAGAAGCUCCGUUCGCAGCUACACCAGUUCCACACUUGUAAAAGCUAAAGCUAAAAUUUAUAAUAUUCCAGUUGAUGAUGUUAAAGAACCUAUGAACGUUGCUGUGCAACUACAAGCUGAUAAAAAAGUAGAGGUGUUGAAUGAGAUCAGAAAUAUUCAAGCGAAAUUCAAUUUCUUAAGAGAUAAAAUUAGUAAGGAACCCUCCAACGAAGCGUAUAAAAUAAAACUACAAAGUUAUUAUGACAGAUUGGAAGACUUUGUAAAUUGGCCGAACGAAAACGUGUCAGAAAAAGCAAAAAGCUUGAGGGAAGAAAUGUACGUGCAACUCUCGAACUUCAAACGCCAUUCAGAGAACCGUAAAAGCGCUUUGUUGAGAAUAUCUGUUGAAGCUUCAUUGGAAAAACUCAUGGAUAUACAAUCAUGUGUCGUAUCCAUAGAAUACGAGUUACCUAAAAACAUGGAUAAUCUUCCCAUAUUAAGAGAGUUUAAGGAAACUUUAUUGUUCCAAAAAGGCAAGCUGGAGAAGGUAAAAGUUAAUCCUCAUUACGAUAUGAUUCGUCAGUCUAAAGAAACAGUUUUGGAUAAAAUUAACUGUUGCUUGGAAACAAUAGAACGAAGACUCAGUUGCGAAACAGUUAAGAAUGAAGAAGCUCAGGCUCAAGGUGAAGCUUUGAGAACCGAACUGACAAAGCUUAAAGAGCAAAUUAGAAGAUUCACAGGUGGACACAAAAAUGUACUCUAUAACACAAUAGAAAAGAAGAUGAACAAGCUUUUAGUGGAUGCAAAUGAAUGUUUCAGCGAUGAAGAAUCGAGAAAAGAAGUAGUCUCAGACAUCGAAAAACACUUGAAAAUCUUGGAACAACGAUCGACUAAACCACAGUCAUUUAGGCAAAGUCUUAAUUCAGAAUCGCUCCUGAAGCUGGAUAAGAAGAGGGAAAAGAUUGAAGCCCAAUUAUUAGCAAUUAAUGAAAGUUUAAGCGGAAUUAAAAAUGAGAUUAGGAUCGAGACACCUGAUUCUUUAAAUGCGAGGCUAAACUUACUUAAGAUGGAGCUGGAGCAGCUAUUCUUGAAGGUUGAAGACAAUCACAAGCAAAAGGUGGUGGAACUCUUGGAAGACAUUGAAGGUUGCAUCAAUUUUGUUUCUAAACGACAGACUACAGAGUCUGCCGAGUAUCAAAAUAUUGACGAGAUGAUUGCUGCCAAAGUACAGAAACCGAAGAAGAGCCCAGGUGAAGUUACACUGAAUCAAAUCCAGAAAAAUGUAUUAAAAGCGAAAGAACAGAUUGAAGUGUUUAUAGGAGAUUAUGAUGAAUACCAGAAAUUGGAUGAUAAACUCUUAAAUAUAAACGUAGAUUUGAGACAGUUAAAGUUUAGUGAUGACAAACUAAAUACCCAGAAAAAAGAAUUGGUAAAAACUUUGGACGAUUGUACGAAAAUAUUAGAUAGAAGAUGGGAACAAAUAGAAGAACUUUGUAAAAUUGAAGAAGACAUUCAAAAACUACGUGAGAAAAAACCUGAUUUAAGUGAUGAAAAAAUGGUUGAAGGAUUAGACCAAGCUUUGACCUCUAUGCAAAUAAGACUGACUAAAAUCGAUGUGGAUAAAGUGUUAAGGGAUCGAAAACAUGCCAGUUUUGAGUUUUUGAAAAACUACCUCCAAGCUAUUAGAACUCCAGAAACAGAAGUUUGAUUGAUAUUUUAAAAUUUUCAAAGAUUAAAUGUAUUUAUUUUUUGUAAGUUAGAUAGUUUUUUAUUUGCAUUAAAAUAAAUUAUAUAUUAGAUAAG